ACCAUCUCUAAUCUCUACUACCGGCAGUGUCAAUGUGGUGUCAAUCUGUCAAUAUUGGGAAAUUGUGAGGUUAGGUUAGGCUCGUUAGGCUGACAUCACAAUAAUAUAUAUAAAAUUAUUUUAAUUUGUAUUUAUCUGAUUAUUUAUAUUUUGCGGCUUGCUAAUUUGCUGCAAUUUGUGAGCACAUUAAACAUGCAACUGAGUCGUCUAGUAAACAUAGGCACUACAAGGUUCAUAUGCAGGUACAAGCAUACUAUAGACUACUCCAGAAUCCCAACAUUAUUAGAAAAAGAUUUGGAAGAGACCUACGUUCGGGGCUCAGGUCCAGGAGGACAAAAAAUCAACAAGACUUCUAGCUGUGUCGUUCUGAAACAUUUACCCUCAGGUAUUGUUGUGAAGAAUCAAGAAACAAGAUUCUUGGAGCAAAACCGGAAACGAGCUAGGGCUAUCCUUGUUAAAAAGUUAGAUAAUUUGAUCAACGGGGAGCACAGCAUAGAGGCACAAAUGAAAGCAUUAGAAGAGCGAAAAAGGAUCAGCAAGGAGCAAAAAAAUGAUAAGAAAAGAAAAAUGAAAGAAAUGUGGCAGGAAAGGGAAGGAAUCGAAUAGGUGUUUAUAUGUUUCUGUCAUUAUUUUUUCUAAUAUAUUUACUGUUAAAAGUAGUUUUAUUAAUUUCCG